AUGCUUUGUAUUCUAUAUUUAUUUUAAUUUUCUAGGUUAUGUACAUCAAAAGACUAUGAAUCAAAUUAUUAUAACCACAAAGCAAUUUCCGAAAUAUCAUUUAUAGCUAAUAUUUAAAAAUGAAACUAAUCAAGUAUUGUGAUGAGAAAUGGUGGUAAGUAUUUAAAGAAAUUAAGCUAUUACUAUAAAAGAUGCCUUCAGCAAUAAUAUAAUUCUAGAGUUUUAGUAUUAUAAUCUGAAAUUGUAUAAAAAUUGUGUGAUUAUGAUUUAGUUAACCAAAAGGAUUCUAGAUAAUCGAAUUAAAACAUAUUUUUAUAAAGUAGAAGGUUGUUUUUUUGUAUCAAUUUUUUUGUAAUUAAUUCUAAGAAUCCAAGUAAUUGAAUUUUAGAUUUAUUAUUGAAAUAGAUCAUAAAUUUAGGAUGUCUAAGUAAUGUAACAAAACAAUAAUAACUAUAAUAUUCAUCAUCACCAGAAACUCAGAGGAGAAAUCCUGCAAUGA